CCGCUUUACGCUCGGAGCAAUACCUGCAAUUGAGGAUUCCUCCUGGGAGGCAGCAACCUGUCAGCAUGGCUCAAGAGUUUGUGAAGAGCAAAAUCCAGCCUGGGAAGGUGGUUGUGUUCAUCAAGCCCACCUGCCCCUUCUGCAGGAGGACCCGCGAGCUCCUCAGCCAACUGCCCUUCAAACAAGGGUCUUUGGAAUUUGUCGAUAUCACAGCCACCGGGGACGACGCAAGCGAGAUCCAAGAUUAUUUUCAAGAGCUCACAGGAGCCAGAACGGUACCUCGGGUCUUUAUCGGUAAAGACUGUAUAGGUGGAUGGACUGAUCUAGCAAAUAUGCAACAGAGGGGGGAACUGUUGCCGCGGCUAAAGCAAAUUGGAGCUCUAGAAUAAUUACAGAGCUGACCCCAGGCUGAUGUGUCCCCCUUGAGAGCUGAAAGGCAUUGCAAAUGAUGACCGCACUUCCUGGUGGAUGGAUCUGGGGCUACCUUUACCCAAUGACAGCAACUGUUGACUUAAAAUUCUGCAAUAUGUUAACC